GCGUUCGGCGGACGAACGGCCAGUCCGCGGGCUCCGCCGUCUUUCCGCCCCGCUGCUGCCCCCUCGCGGUCGGGCCAGGAAACCAACAACUCCGCCACCAUGCCACACCAGUAUCCAGCACUGACGCAGGAACAGAAGAAGGAGCUGUCGGACAUCGCUCAUCGGAUCGUGGCUCCGGGCAAGGGCAUCUUGGCCGCGGACGAGUCCACCGGAAGCAUCGCCAAGCGGCUCCAGUCGAUCGGGACGGAGAACACGGAGGAGAACCGGCGCUUCUAUCGGCAGCUGCUCCUGACCGCGGACGACCGCGUGAACCCCUGCAUCGGGGGGGUCAUCCUCUUCCACGAGACGCUCUACCAGAAGGCCGAUGACGGGCGCGCCUUCCCCCAGGUCAUCAAGGCCAAGGGGGGCGUCGUGGGCAUCAAGGUGGACAAAGGUGUUGUGCCCCUGGCAGGAACCAACGGUGAAACCACCACUCAAGGCCUGGAUGGGCUGUCGGAGCGCUGCGCUCAGUACAAGAAGGAUGGGGCUGACUUUGCCAAAUGGCGCUGCGUGCUGAAGAUCGGCGAGCACACCCCUUCUCCUCUCGCCAUCCUGGAGAAUGCCAACGUCCUGGCUCGUUACGCCAGUAUUUGCCAGCAGAACGGCAUCGUUCCCAUCGUGGAGCCCGAAAUCCUUCCGGACGGGGAUCACGACCUGAAGCGCUGCCAGUACGUCACCGAGAAGGUUUUGGCGGCUGUGUACAAGGCCCUGAGUGACCACCACGUUUACUUGGAGGGGUCCCUGCUGAAGCCCAACAUGGUGACCCCCGGGCACGCCUGCACUCAGAAGUACAGCAACGAGGAGAUCGCCAUGGCCACCGUCACCGCGCUGCGCCGCACCGUGCCCCCCGCCGUGACCGGCGUCACUUUCCUUUCUGGGGGCCAGAGUGAGGAGGAGGCCUCCAUCAACCUUAACGCCAUCAACAAGUGCCCUCUGAAGAAGCCGUGGGCGCUGACCUUCUCCUACGGCCGCGCUCUGCAGGCCUCUGCCCUCAAAGCCUGGGGGGGCAAGAAGGAGAACAGCAAGACCGCCCAGGAGGAGUACAUCAAGCGUGCCCUGGCUAACAGCCUGGCCUGCCAAGGCAAGUACGCGCCAAGCGGGCAGGCGGGCGCCGCCGCCAGCGAGUCGCUGUUCGUCUCGAACCACGCCUACUGAAAGACCAGGCUCUUGGGUCGAUCGUGGCUCCGCAGGCCGGGAGGGCCGCCCCGAGACCCCCCACCUCGCCCUCCAGGCCUCCCAGUCCUCCCUUGCUGGGUGUGUGGUGUCGUAAUUUCUGUGGUGACCCCCAGUGACUCCCUCCCCGGUCCCAGUCCCGCUAAUAAACUAUUUAAGGAGG